AUGUCGACACCGACCGACGGUGCGUCAUCGACGCUUCCCGCCAACCUGGCAGCUGAGAAACGCGCUCAAGCACAAACCCAGUCGCUCCACGACUACCGCGCACAUCCUCGCACGCCCCAGAAUGCUUCUUCUGCCACCAUCGCCGCCGCCGCCGCUGAGGGCGAUCAACCCAUCACCUCGCUUCCCAAGACGCACUUUUCCACGCUCGCGCUCAUCGGCCUCUGCUACUGCAUCCUCAACUCGUGGACCGCCGCCUCCGCCUCCAUGUCCAUCGCGCUCAUCUCGGGCGGACCGUCGGUGACGCUCUGGGGGAUGGUCGUGGCGUUCUGCGGUGUCAUGGCGUGUGCGCUCUCCAUGGCCGAGAUCUGUCAUGUCUACCCGACCACGGGCGGUCAGUAUCAUUGGUCGUUCCUGCUUUCGCCUGCAAAGUAUCGGUACGCGAUCGCCUAUUUCACUGGAUGGAUCUCGGUUGCGGGUUGGGUGGCGCUCACGGCAACCGCGUCCUCCCUGGCAGGACAGUUCAUCGUCGGGAUCAUCGCCCUUCUCCACGAGAACUACGAACAGAAACCCUGGCACAUCUUCCUCGUCUACGUUGCCUUCUCCAUCGGUGCUUGGCUCAUCAACGCUUUCGGCGUCAAGAUCCUCGACAAUCUGAAUCGAGUAGCCAUGAUCUGGUCCCUCGUAGGCGCCAUCGUCAUCGCCAUUACCUGUCUCUCCCGGGCAACCCCCAACUACCAAUCCGCUUCCUUCGUCUUUGGCAAGUUCGUCAACACUACCGGUUGGAACAACGGCGUCGCUUGGAUCCUCGGUCUGCUGCAAGCUGCAUUCUCGCUCGUCGGUAGCGAUGGAGCUACGCAUCUGGUGGAUGAGAUCGAUCAGCCGAGCAUCAAUGCCCCACGUGCCAUGAUCUUGGCUGUUGCCAUCGGGGCUAGUUCGACGUUCGUGGUGCUGAUGGUGUUCCUCUUUGUGCUGCAGGAUUUCACCGCUGUGACGGAGAGCCCGGCGGGUGCGCUGUUGGAGAUCAUCUACCAGGCGACGAGGAGCAAAGCGGGUGCGGUGUGUUUGCUGAUGUUCCCCGUCGUGUCGAUGGCGUUUACCGCGACGGCGUUGUUGACGACGAGCUCGAGGAUGAGCCAGGCGUUUGCGAGGGAUAAAGGUCUACCUUUCCACGGCCUCUUCGCUCGAAUCUCGAGGAAGGAAGAGGUACCCAUCCCGGCGUUGGUGUUGACCACGUGCUGGGUGAUCGUCUUCGGAUGCGUCUACCUGGGCAGCAGUUCCGCGCUGAACGCCAUCCUGUCGAGCUCCGUAGUCCUCCUCCAGUUCUCGUACAUCAUCCCCAUCGCCCUCUUACUCCUGAGAGGCAGAAAAAUCCUCGACAACGCCGUACUGGACCAGCGCAGAUUCAACCUCGGCCCCACACUCGGUCCCAUCACCAACACCGCCGCCAUAGCCUUCGUCCUCUUCACAGAUGUCUUCUUCCUCUUCCCUCCGGAAGCAGAGGUUACCGGCAGCAGCAUGAACUACACCGUCGUCGUAGUCGCUGUCGUUGCGCUGCUUAGCAUAGUAGCUUGGUUCGUGACGGGGAGGAAGGAGUUCAAAGGUCCACUGGAUAUGGAUGAGAUCCUGUUCAGGACAAGAGGGUUCAAGAGGUUCGAGGUGGAAGAGGCCAAGAACGAAGAAAAACAUGCUAUGUAG